AUGAAACCCAAGCACAGAAAGAUAGCCAAGAGACAGCGGAACAGGAGUGCUGUGGCCUACCUCAGUAAGUCUACUGCCAUGAUGAAGAUGCCUCUUAGUAUGAGAUGCAUGCCACCUCUCCAAAAGAGGAAUGGGCCAUCUCUCCAGAAGCAAAAACUUAGUAGGCCUUUUGAGGCCCUGGAGAAUAUUGUUGGCCGCAGAAUUUCUCAUGGCUGGAAGGAAGCCAAUGAACCAGUCACCCAGUGGAAAGCCAUCAUUCUAGAUCAACUGCCAACAAAUCCCACUCUCUAUUUGUUGAAAUAUGAUGGGAUUGAUUGUGUCUAUGGCUUAGAGCUUCACAGCGAUGAAAGGAUUUUAAACCUUAAGAUCCUGCCUAAUAACGUGCCAUUUCCUCAGGUGACAGACACUCAUCUCUCAAACACCAUAGUUGGCAGAGCAGUGAAACAUACAUUCGCGGGCACAAAUGGCUCUAAGGAUGACUGGAAGGGGAUGGUCCUAGAGGAGGUGUCAAUCAUGAAGACCUGGUUCUAUAUUACCUACAAGAAAGAUCCGGUCUUGUACAUUUACCACCUCCUGGACGACUACCUUGAAGGCAACCUCCAUAUCAUGCCAGGCUCUAAGGAGGAGUGGAGUGGGGUGGUCCCAGAUGAGAAAGAUCCAGUCCUAGAUUCCUUGUCAGGCAAAAGUGUGCAGUACAACAAAAAAGAUGGAACCCAAGAGAUAGGUAAAAUUAUUUACCAAGUUCCCACCAAACCAUCCGUGUAUUUCAUCAAGUUUGAUAAUGACUUCCAUAUCUAUGUCUAUGAUUUUUCCGUAUCCUGGUCACUGACAGUGGGCACCAGACUACCUAGCACUCUCGACCCUAAUGAAGAAGAGAGGGUCCAAGGUGCCCUCCUCAUUCAGAAAGUUUGGAUGUUUGCCUGGCUAGUGCACGCAGAACCGCCAGCUGAGACAGCUCGGGACUGGCCCGUGCAGGCCCGAGGACAUCCAUUCCAAGUGUAA